GUGAGUCUCCUCGGGCUCCCGGCGCAAUCUGUCGCCUAUCCGCGCCAUCCCCGGCCGCUCGGGCCCGACACCGCAGCUGCGGCGGCCCCGGGCCCCCUCACCCAACUCCAGCCCGCCUCACGGCGGCCGGUCGCCCGGGGCCGCCAACCCCACUGCUGGGCUUUCGGGGCAGGGGCGAGGCAGGCGCCAGCGGGCCGAGGGGAGGAAAGCGCCUCCGGCUCCUGCGCCCAUGGACCCUUCGAAAUGACACAGUGACCAUCCGGACCAGGAAGUUCAUGACAAACCGUCUGCUUCAGAGGAAACAGAUGGUCAUCGAUGUUCUUCACCCUGGAAAGGCAACAGUACCAAAGACAGAAAUUCGGGAAAAGCUGGCCAAAAUGUACAAAACCACACCAGAUGUCAUCUUUGUAUUUGGAUUCAGAACCCACUUUGGUGGUGGCAAGACAACUGGCUUUGGCAUGAUCUAUGAUUCUUUAGAUUAUGCAAAGAAGAAUGAGCCUAAGCACAGACUUGCAAGACAUGGCCUUUAUGAAAAGAAAAAGACCUCCCGUAAACAACGAAAGGAACGCAAGAACAGAAUGAAGAAGGUCAGGGGGACUGCGAAGGCCAACGUUGGUGCCGGCAAAAAGCCAAAGGAGUAGAUCUUUUUGCGGUGACUUGAUCUGCUGUGAUGUGCACAUUUCUGAGAGGACAAAUAAACUGAAAAGCUUCUGUG